UGAAUGCCUGGGGGGUAGAGAUCAGUGAUGAAAAGGAAGUCUCGAGGGAAAGGAUUAGAUACUGGAUGGUCAAUGGGAUGGUACUUGCAUCCCAAGAUGUACAGAUUUAAUGCUCAUCUUUGUUAUUAAUCACAGGCUACACCUGGAAGGCAGCACUGUUUAGAGAGUGGGGUCAGUAAAUCUGACCCUCCCAAGGAUGCCUACAGCAAUCAAAGCAACUUUGGAUGGCAUAACAACAGACACCAGCAACCUCGAAGGGACAUUACCAGAAUGGGAGAAAAACAGCAGGGAUGUGCAGAUACCUCCUUGUUUUAGCAAGAUUCCCCAAGAGCCUGGAAAGAAUUUCCCUCACACCAAACAAGUUGGGACUUACCUGGUGGGCAAAAUGAUCAACAAAGGUUCCUUUGCCAAGGUGAUGGAGGGACUACACAUCCCCACAGGGGAGAAGGUAGCCAUAAAAGUCAUUGACAAGAAAAAAGCCAAGCAGGAUUCCUACGUUUUAAAAAAUAUGAAGCGGGAGCCCCGGAUACACCAGAUGAUUAAGCAUCCUAAUAUUGUUCAGCUAUAUGAGACUUUGGAGACUGAAAAGUCCUAUUACAUGGUGAUGGAACUAUGCCUAGGUGGAGACCUCAUGGACAGAAUCUGUGACAAAAAGAAACUGGAAGAAAGGGAAGUAAGGGAAUAUACCAGGCAGAUCAUGUCUGCAGUUGAACAUCUGCAUCGCCAUGGGAUUGUCCACAGGGAUCUGAAAAUUGAGAAUUUUCUUCUGGAUGAAAACAACAACAUCAAAAUCGUUGAUUUUGGAUUGAGCAAUACUAUGAAGUUUGAGGGUGUCUCUCAGGAGCUGUUGAACACCCAGUGUGGAAGCCCAGCCUAUGCUGCCCCAGAACUCCUAGCUCAUAAGAAAUAUGGCCCAAAGGUGGAUGUCUGGUCCAUGUAA